CAAUUACUACUGCAUAUCACAUGCUAGCUGCUAGAAAAUCAAAUUAUGAAAAUAAACAAAAAUAUGAACAUUUUGCAGUCUACGUAGAUCAAAUAUUGGUCUUGUUUAAAUAUGUUUCUCUAAUGGCUUUGGCUAUUAUUGGCUUAUGUAAAGCAAAUGACCUUAGCUUAGUUCUAUAUUUAGAGAUAAUUGACAUAGCGCCGAUUCAA